AUGGGUGUAUCAAACACCGCCGUGUGCGCGUUCGGCGUGCAAUUCUUCGGCUAUAUCGCGCUGUCGACGGCGCUAGAGCUCUGGUUUUACGUCGACUGGAGCGGCAAACGCGACUCGAGCGCGACGCAUUCGCGCAAAAUACAGCGCCACAAACGCGCGUGCGGCACCGUUCGCGCGCACAAAAGUGACCCAUGGGGGCUUCCAUUGUAUCAGCUGCUGUGCGCGAGAAAACCGAGGCCGGAUGGGCGAGACGAGUGUUUUGAGCAUCAUCGAUUGUUCGCGUCUGUGAAUUUGCUGACUUCGGCGACGUUUGCGGGCGUCGUCGGCGAGACGGUGAAUCGCGGGGCGCCGUACACUUCCCUAUACGGCGGCUCGGCGUUUGAUUUGAAUUGUGGAAUUUUAGCGUGCGUCUGGGCUUUCGUGAAAGCGGUGGCGUGGCAGAGCGUCGCCGAGUACGCGUGGCAUCGAGCGAUGCACUCGCGGUUCGCCUACGCGAGAUGGCACAAGGCGCACCACGCGUACGCGAGCCCGUGCGUGUGGUGCGAUUUGUGCAUACACCCACUCGAGGCGUUGGGGUAUUAUGUGAUAUUGUACAGCCCGGCGUUCGUGAUACCGAUGCCGAAGGCGAGCUUUUUGGCGUACAUUUGCGUCAUGGGCGUGGCGGGAGUCUUAGAUCACAGCGGCGUCGACGUCGCCGUGCGCGCGAGAGGGUGCGGCGUCGCCGUGUACGACACUAAGUUUCACGACUUGCACCACGCGCGGUUCAACGUCAACUACGCGUUUCCGUUUGAUUUCAUCGAUCGCGCGUGCGGGACGUACGCCGAAAUCAAACGCGACGCGCGCGCCGGGUAG